CGAAAGUAAGAGAGAGAGUUUCUUUAACUGGCCCACGGAAUAAGCACUGCGUCAGUGCGUUUUAAUAGAUAUUGGAGACUCUUAUGGUUGCAGCAUAGUUCUGUGGUUGCGGCAACCAGAAGGAAACGUCGGUGCUCGGAAAGGUUCUCCCUGUUCGUGUGCCGCGGUGUUUGCAUUGGUCACGUCGGCUGUAGCUGCUACGGCAGAAGCGUCACUUGCUCGGUGUGAACUUGUGCCGUCAUCGCAAAUGUCGCUGGACGUGACCACCCUGCCGACGUGGAUGUCAGCGAGCGAGUUGGAAAGUGCUGCUUCGUUCGAUGUCCACACUGCGGCAACUUUCGGCCACGCGUCGCGCGUGCGAGAGCUCUUGAACACGAGGCAAGUUCUGACAGCCUCUUCGUGUGACAUGACCCGCCGGUCGGCAUGACACUUGACGCGAGUUUGCGCGCCGCUAGCGCUCAAGUUAAGCGCUUGAAUGGUCACAUAUUAGCUGCGCACAAAACAAAGGAGAGAUGUGGACGCGCCGAAUCGUGGCGGCUGGACGCCCCUGAUGCAUGCUGCCUGUUCCGGCCAGCGGGACACGCUGCGGCUGCUGCUGGAGCUAGGCGCCAAUGUUAACCUGCGCGGUGGGGGGCACGAACGCACGGCCACCACAGUUGCGGCCAUGUAUGGACGUCAUCGGUGCAUUGCCCUUCUUCACCAGUAUGGCGCCGACCUUGAGCUGAGGGACUGCGAAGACCGCACGGCUCUCUUCCAUGCCGCUGCUUUGGGCCACGCUGCGGUGGUGCAACUGCUGGUCGAUCUGGGGGCCAACAUCAACUGCGAAGAACACUUCAGUGGGCACAGUCCCUUAAGCAUAGCCACUGACCAAAACCACGAGAGUGUGGUGGAGAUCCUCCUGAAUGCAGGCUCAAGGUUCGCAUGUACCACAACAAAUGGAAGCAGUUUUCACCCUUUACAACCAAGCAAUAUUUCCAAAACAUCACCUUGUGGUCGUGCCAGGAGGUCACAAGAGGUUGAGAGUCUGGUUCGUCGUUGUGCCAAUUUAGCUGUGGAAGGAACGUCACCACGUCCUAAUCUGAACCUGCCUCCGAAAUCGGCUGUCCACAACCUCGCCGACCUCCUUGCUCACCUCGGCCUGUCCAAGUAUGCACCCAUGUUGGAGGCUCAGGGCAUUGACCUCGACCAGUUCCUGACAUUUGGCGAUGCCGAACUCGAGCAGGCAGGCAUUCGCCUUAUUGGCCCUAAAAGGAAAAUGGCCAUUGCGAUUUCCUGCUGGAAUGAACGGGAACGCCAGCAGGUGGAACACAAGGGCACAGCGCAGGAGCACUUGCGAUGACUCAUCUUUAUUGCAGUGUCAAUUUGUAGUUCCUGCACUUUAAAGCACCUUGCCAGAAAGUUUGCUUAUUCGCUUGAAGUUAUGUGAGGAGUGCUGAAUAGAGAGUCUGUUUCUGCAAACAUUUUUCGGAUGUGUUGAGUAGUAUUGAAGACAAUGUGAAUGAAGUGUUGUGAGAGAGGUGAGAAAUGUCCACGAUAGCAUCCACCGUAGUUAGUUUCCUACAUUGUGUUGAUCGAUGCCUUUUUUUUCCACUCACGCCAGAGGCCAGAGUUCGUUAGCCCUCCUCUCUUGCUCUUUAGUCCACGCUGUACAGGAUAUAUUCCCAGUGGUAGACUAGUGCAUACAUUUCACGAGAAUCCUUGUAUUGCUUGUGUUGAUGUUUACUGUUAGUGUGCUACUAGGGAGCCUGUGGUGUGGCAGGCAAAAUUUGUAAUGUCGCCUCAGUUUGCAAUGAAGUGGUGUUUGAAUUUUCA